CGGGAGAAAAACAAAGGAGAACAAAAAUGAGAAGAAUAAAACAUGGAGAAAAAACAAACGGAACGCGGCUUUAAGGCCAUCGCCUGCGGCGCCACGCUGGGCGCCUGUGAGGUCAGCUCCCAGUGGCUUCCCGCCACGCAACUGCUGGCCCGGUGCGCCGCUGAAAUGCUCCGCUUGGACGUGCUGUGCUUCAAUAUGGCCCUGGGAGCCUGUGAGAAGAGCUACCAGUGGCGAGAGGCGCUGGGCAUUUUUGCCGCCCUCGACGCGCCGAGCGCGUCCUCCGUGAACGGCGCCGUGGCGGCGCUGGCGUCGACCGCGUGGCGGCAGGCGCUCGAGCUGCUGCCAUCGGAGGCCAACGCGUUGAGCUAUGGCGCCUGCAUCGGCGCGUGCGUGAAGGCGGUGCAAUGGCAGCUGGCCCUGGGCCUCUUUCAGGAGCUCCGAGCAGCGGCCUCGGCAGUGGAUCUGGUGACACGAAGUUUGGUGAUGGGCGCCUAUCAACAGGCGGGGGAUCAUCAUGGGGCGUGUUGGCAGCUGCAUCGCAUGCAGCGAGACGGCGCUGA